AGAAAAAGCAAAAAACAUUCACAUAAAACAUUCAUAUCAGAUCAGGUGAAGAGAACAUCUUAAUUACAUUACCAUGAGAUUUUUCUUACAAAAACGCAUACAAAACACGAAGCAUAAUUUUCACACUUUAUUACUGCCUACCAAUUACCAAAUGGACGUAAAUAGAUAACACGUUUGUCUUGCAACAAAAAAAAACAGUUUGGUAGGUAUACUGGAUCACAAUCUCUUACCCUAUAUUUCCUCCUAAAAUUUAUCAGCAAUGAGUUUGGUAGAACAAAAAUGGAUGGUCCAUUGAAAGUGUGUAUCUGUAUUGAAGCCUAUCCCCUUAAUUGGCGCUCAAUCUCUCUGUCUUUUGUGAACCUAUUCUUAGCAAAUCCCCCUCUGAUGGCAGCAAUCUCUUAACAUUUUUCACACAUGAAUCAUGAAAGAUAGAGAAAACUAUGACACAUUGCAACACUCAAAAUUACCUAAUUAUCAAUAACAAUAAUCAAGAUCAACCAAUUAUCAAAAUCCCUCAACCACCCACCCAAAAAAAAAAACAAAAAAAAAAAACAGAGGAAUUUCCUUUCUUCCAUAGCAGAGGAAUUUCCUUCUCCCAUUUUUUGCAUUUUUCUCCUGAAUUUCUUGUUUUUUUUGAACAGAGGUUAAAGAAACAAGAACAACAAAAAGAAAGAAAAAAACAAAAAAAACAGCAAAGUCUUUAAAUGUCCGCUGUUCGAUUCCUCCUCCUCCUCCUCUGCCUCUCAUUAUCACCUCCGUGUUCGGUGUCGAUCACGGAGGCAGAAGCCCUCUUGGCGUUCAAGACUUCGCUGUCGAACACGGCAUUAUUAGACAGUUGGAAACCCAACUCAGACCCCUGCAAGGACAAAUGGGAAGGUGUGUUCUGUAAAGAAGGGAAUCCUGCUAUGAUCAUUCGUUUACAUUUAACAAGAAUGAGCCUUUCGGGUUCCAUUGAUGUGGAUUCUUUAGCUACAUUUACAAAAUUGAAGACUCUUAGCCUUUCGAAUAACUCGUUUUCAGGUCCAUUACCUCCUUUUAAUCUGUUGAAGGGUUUGAGAUCACUUUAUAUUAGCUCCAACAAAUUUUCAGGGGAAAUUCCUGGUGAUUUUUUUGCUGAUACAACAUUAAGGAGAAUAUGGUUGUCAGAUAAUGAGUUUUCUGGUAAAAUACCUGAAUCAUUAGGGAAAUUGUCAGGGUUGAUGGCACUUCAUUUGGAAAGGAACAAAUUUAAUGGCCCUAUACCUGAUAUUUCACAGGAAACUUUAACUGAGUUAGAUAUGUCAGGGAAUAUGUUACAAGGGCAGGUUCCGACGAGUAUGGUGAGGUACGGGGUGGGUGCGUUUAAGGAUAACUCGGGCCUUUGUGGGCCGCCAAUGGGCAAAGAAUGCAGAGGUUUGAGAAACAAAGGCGGUAAUGGAAAGGUUACUAUAGGGAUAAUGGUGGGAAUUGUGGUGGUUAUGACUGUAGUUCUCAUCAUAACAACCAUGAAGAAGUCUAAACAUCACAGGGAUGAAUCUUUCAAUGCGUAUAACAAGGCCCCGGUGGAAGAUGUGGUGGAGGUUCGUGUACAAGGUAACUCCCGAACUGCUGGUGGUGGUGGGAGUGCUAGAAGUCAAGGAAGUGGUGGUGUUAUUUCUGCUGGUGGUAGUGUUAUUUCAGGUAGUGGUUCAAAAAAAUCAAAUGCUAGUGAUUCAUCAAAUAAGAAGGGGAGUGAACAUGGGAGUAGUAGAAAAGGGUCACAAGGAAAAAAUGCAGGGAUUGGGGAUUUAACUGUGAUUAAUAACGAUAAGGGCACGUUUGGUUUGGCUGAUUUGAUGAAGGCGUCUGCUGAGGUGUUGGGGAACGGAGCUCUAGGGUCGGCCUAUAAGGCUAUCAUGUCUAAUGGGGUGUCUGUUGUGGUUAAGAGGAUAAGGGAUAUGAAUAAGUUAGGGAAAGAUGAAUUUGAUGCUGCAAUUAGAAGGAUUGGGAAACUUAGGCAUAAGAAUAUCUUGACACCCUUAGCUUACCAUUAUCGAAAAGAAGAGAAGCUUGUGGUUUCAGAGUAUGUUCCUAAAGGCAGCUUGUUGUAUGUCCUGCAUGGGGAUCGAGGACUAACUCAUGCAGACCUCAACUUGGCUACACGACUAAGGAUCAUAAAAGGCAUAGCCAGCGGGGUGCAAUACCUAUACGCAGAGCUCUCUGACUAUGAGCUUCCACACGGGAACCUAAAGUCCAGCAACAUUUUUCUGGGCAGCAACUAUGAACCACUUCUAGCUGACUAUGGUUUUUUCAGACUGGUAACACCUACACAAGCAGCACAAGGUCUGUUUGCUUAUAAAUCACCUGAAUCAGUUGAGACCCAGCAAGUCUCUUCUAAAGGAGAUGUAUAUUGUCUUGGGAUUGUCAUCCUCGAAUUGGUUACAGGGAAAUUCCCUUCUCAAUAUCUAAAUACAGGCAAAGGGGGCACUAAUGUAAUUCAAUGGGUUAAAACAGCCAUUGAGGAGAAGAACGAAUCUGGGUUUUUAGACCCGGAAAUAGCAUCCUCUACAGAUUCUUCGCUCGAGGCUAUGAUACAACUCCUACAUUUAGGGGCGACUUGUACAGAGACUGAUCCUAAUAAACGGCCUACAAUGGAGAAUGUAAUCAAGAGGAUAGAGGAGAUACAGGGUGCUUAAAGAAGAAGGAAUCCGACCAUGAUGCAUGAUGUGUGUGCUUGUAUGUGCAAGAGAGUGGCGAAUUUCUCAGCAAUCUCAUAAUUAAUGCCAAAAUCAAAAGGCUAAUCUCGGUAAAUUCGAAAAUUCAGAAGAUCAAUUUCAAGGCGUGUUAACAGGAUGAAAAUUACAGUAAUUAUUUUGGUUUUUUGAGUGCUUAAAUGUGAUAUAACAUGAGAGCUGACAGCUACUGUAUUUCAUGAUCAAAUUCUCAUUUUGUUUUGUCUAGGUUUUUUGUUUUGUUUUGUUUUUCCUGUUCUUUAAGUUAGGAUGUUUGGGAAUGUUUGGGAAAGAAAACUAAGGUACAAUAGAAAGAUUUAUGUUGUUUGUAUUUUGUAGGAAAAAAUAAAAAAUUUGUCAGAUUAUUCAUGCUUUAUGUAAAA